AUGCUCGCCCAGUGCUGCCGGCUGUCUAGGCUGCGCGGUGGCACGCCAACUCCCUUUUGGACAACCUACGUCCAUUCGCCAGGUCUACGCAUCAACGUGCGUUACGCGUACUGGCCGCCACCUGCUAACAAGCGUUCCCGUCUCAUCGAGCUGGUGGAUGCGUUGAUCGCAGUGUAUCUGCUCGUUCUCACCUCCGUGCAGCUGCCGUCGGGCAAGAAGUUCUUCGUCUUCCGCGGGAAGCGCGACGCCGACGGCAAACUCGAGCCGGUCGUCUGCUUUAUUGACAGGUACGCUUAA